AGGAAUGCAUUAAGAUUGAAACUAUGCACACCUUCUGUGAACGUGAAGCAUCAUCAAGCUUAUCUCAUGUCAAAUUCUCUUUUGGCGCACAAUGGAUAUCCUCGAAUCGCCUUUGCGGCCUGUAUAGGUUCACCGCUCUUCAAUCUCCUCAUCGGCGCUGGCGCCUCCUAUACCAUCAAACUGGCCCGGUCUGGAGACCACACAAUGUCCUUCACCUUGACACACGUGCUACUCUUCUCCUUCCUGAUGGGUGUGCUCACCACAAACCUGAUAGUGGCAUGCGUUACGGGCUUUCAAAUGCGUCGCGCCUAUGGCAUCUGUCUGCUCUGUGCCUACGCUGUUUUCAUGACGCUGGCCAUCCUCGUGGAGGCCGAUGUUAUCGUCCCACCCGCCUCGUGGCACCUGCUCACUGGCACCGAGUAG